AUGAAAUCAUAUUUGAUCAAAAUGAUACACAAUGUCCCAUUACCUAGAUUAAAUAAACCGGUGACUAUUAUGGGUUGUCUUAUCGCUUUAGCAUGUUUUGAUGAACACCCUACACUACAAUCAUUCAUUGAUAUAUUCAUUGCAUUAGCACCAGCUGCUUAUCUUGGUUCAAUUAAAAGUCCUAUACGUUAUAUUGCACCAUUAAUUAAAACAGUUGAACCAGUUGUUGAAUGGUUUGGAAAUGGUGAAUUUUUACCUUCAGGAAAAAUUAUGCAAUUUUUAGCAUCAUUAUUAUGUAAACCAAAUCAUAUACCAUUUGUAUGUACAAAUAUCAUUUAUUUACUUGCUGGAUAUGAUGAGAGAAAUACGAAUGUGACUCGUCUACCAGUCUAUGUUGCUCAUACACCUGCUGGAACAUCAGUUCAAAAUAUGGUACAUUAUUGUCAAGGUAUCAAUACAGAUCGUUUUCAAAAAUAUGAUUAUGGCGCUGAAAAGAAUCUGCAAAUCUACAAUCAAUCCAAUCCACCAUUAUAUAAUGUUUCACAUUUAAAAUUACCCAUAGUUAUUUAUCAUGGUGGUCAAGAUUGGCUUGCAACACCACAUGAUAUUGAUAAACUUAUUAAACAAAUCAAUUAUACCAUUUCAUCGAUACAUUAUUUUCCUUAUUAUAAUCAUUUAGAUUUUGUUUGGGGUUUAAAUGCCCAUAAAUUAUUAUAUCCAUCAGUUUUAGAACAACUUUCUAGAAUUUAA